CGACCAUCCCAUCCAUCCAUCUUCAUAGAGCAGAACAGCGAGCAACGGCCUAUCGCUGAUCACGACCACAUUGUUCUACGACCCUUCGAGGUCUUAUUGAAUCCAUGCCAUCCACCAUAUGAAACCGUCUCGACUCACCGCCUCCCUCGCACGAGGGCAAGUCGGGUCGGUCUCGUCAUCUACGAUCAUUCAUGUCCUCCGACUGGUUCAACGUCGAUUGGAUACGGAUGCAAGAGCCUACGCGACGCUAACAGACGGUCUGAGUUUAAAUGUUGGAUCAUCGGUUGUGACCCCGAUCGUCAAGGACCAGGUCAAGUCCCGGCAUCAGAGUCGAUCGUACGCCUCGGGAUCCAGUGCGCAUGCGUUUGCAUCGGAUGAGCCGGAUCAUUCUCGUGAGGACAGGGUUGAAUCUCGAUCGAACGUUACUGGAUCGACUUUGCGAGCAAGUGAACCAGUCGCGAAGUUUUGGGAUGUGCCCGGAGACAGUCAUGCCGAGUCAAGUCAAUAUGAGAGUCGUUACAACAGACCGAUUGAUCGAAACGAUGAACAGCUACGGGCAGUAUAUGCUCGAAAGCUUCGUCAGGAGAGACUUCCUUGGAACCCGAACUCGUCCCGACAUUCCAUCUACGACGACCUCGAGGGGGUGACAGUCCGUGAUCCGUCCCACCGACAUCAGACCAUGACACGCUCAGAUGGAUCCGUAUAUUUUGACCACCGGAGACAAAGAUAUCACGUCUUGAAGGAGGACACGCGGAUCCUCAAUCAGGGUGCUCCGACCAAUGAUCCAAAUCAACUCACACGAGAUCCCAACUGGUACAAAGCUGGGUACAUAUUGGGGAAUACCAGAAAGAACCCAAAAAAGAAAGAUGACAAACUCGCAUACCUCGAUCAGAGAUUCCGCACGGCCCCUGACCCAUCCAUAAAUCUCAAGGGUUUGAGCAGAAAGGCUAGACGGCGCGUGUUGGAUGCUCGCAUUCGAGUGCCAGGGCAUCGACGUAUGCAGGAUAUCAAGCGGAUUUUACUUCCAUCAAAGGACUAUGAACCCAAAUGGAAAUCUGGCAAACCCCUCAACGGCCGAAGUUGGCCUCAAUUGAUCGACCCACACGAAGCACGUCGGCGCACGGAGAUAUACCAUGAACGACUCGAAGCAAAGGAUCUGAAAGUGGCUCCUCUCUCAUCAUCGGUCAAUAAGUAUUCAAACAGACGCCAACGAGUAGCUGGAUUGCCCGCUGGGAUAACAGACAGAGCACCUGAUCUUGCCAACAACCUCGCUCUUGAUAGUCCCGUAUCUGGUGGCCCUCAAUACAGAUCGAGUGUGUUGACGCCAUUACAAGAUAAAUUACACCAACAAACGAUGUCGAUCUUAGAUCUCAAAGCGCCCGGGCGCAUGUCCAAGUGGAAUGACCGUUUACGGAACCGCUCGUCUGCCUCUAAGGCUCCAGGGCUCUCGCCCUCAGAACUCGACGCCCUUGAUCAGACGCUCCGGGAGUCCAUCUCGCGCCGGGAAAAUGAUAACAGGUAUCUCUUUUCCACAGAUCUCAUGGGUUUGCGCUCCCCAGAUGCUCAGCGAAUAUACGUUCUUCCGGUCGGUCACCAUGUUCCUCUAGAUUCCGACGACAUGGCAGUCGUGCGUAGAAUUGCACAAGCCUUGGAAAGUCUGGGGAUGCACAGUCCCAAUACCUCGACUGCCGCUUCAGAGCCCCUUUACUACACCGUCAACAGCAUGCUAGUGGAUCAGAACACAGCCACCGUAGGGGAAUACAUCUCGGUAAUCGAGUCUCUUCCCGAGCCCCGUGCUUUCUUCACCCAGAUCGAGUCGAUUAGACGCCUGGUUAAUCUCUGUCAGGUCGGGGCCGAACCGAAACAGUGGCUAUGGUCCGCUGGUCGAUUGAUCGAUGCGCUUCAAGCAGUAAAGGAAGGAUAUCUCAAGACCUCUGAUCCCGGACUUUUCCCCUUUGCCCAUGCUGUCAUUGGCUACAUUCUGGCUAGAACCGCUUAUAAAGCCUCGGAGGCAAAGUCGGAGCUUGUCGAACACGCUCAAUCGGCCAUAGGGCUCGCGGCGGAAGCUCAGGAGGUUUCUGGCUCAAUCUCAGCGCCUACGGUCGGUGACACAUACCAGCUGUUCUUUCAAGCCACCACAUCUGCGCAUUUAGGCCAUUGGGAGGCUGCUCGAGCGAGCAUGACCAAGGGACUCGACUUUCUUUUCGCCCUACAACCUGAUCAUGGGCCCGUGGGAUCUCAACUUCGACUAUUGGUAGAGUAUCGCGAACUUUUAGCGGGCAACGAUCGCUUGUCAGACCUCGUAGAGAUGGUCAUGUCUAGCUCUGAAGCCUUUCGACAGGCUCUCCUCGAUGUGACAAUACGAAACUCUACUAUGCUGUUGUUUCGCCAAAUCAUGUUCAAUGCCCUGGCCACCAUGCCUGGACCAGUCGAAUGGUUUGCACAGAAUGUAGGGUGGGAAUAUGAGAAUUCGGACAAAGUUGGGAUCAUGUACACCGCUCUGACUCGCUACUCGUCAAAAGUCAAUGACGCGCUCGAGUUUGUGGAACAAUUGUACACAAACAAAUUGCCCAUCCCGCUCGACGCCUCGGCUCGUCACUGUUGGGCACUGUUCCGGCUCGGUCAGACAGAAGACGCACAAGCUCUGUAUGCUCUGACUCGGAGUCAGCACACUGGCAUGACCCACCAGUAUCUAUCGAAAAUGCUCGCCAUCUUUGCAACUCAUGGUCUGUACGCAGAGGCAUCGACCGUGUACGCCGAGAUCGACAAGCUAUUCUCUCCCACCUUUGCCGACAAGAUAGCCAUUGCCGAAAAGCAAUCCCGACAGGGUCGCCCGGAAGCGGUCUUACAGCUUCUAGGCCAGAAUUUUGGGCCUCAGUGGACAGAGGAUCCGAGCCUUCUCAGCAUCCUGUUUCAAGCCAAUGCGAAUACCGGGGCCAACGCCAGCGAGGCGACUGAGAGAUUGUACCAACGACUUGUUCAGACUCGACCCACUGUGGCGUUACACAACAUCAUGAUCAAGUUUUAUACCGAACAAGGGGACGCCGACAAGGCAUUGACAGUGUUCCGCUCCCUACUCCGGUCUGACGUUGGCCCGAAUCACGCGACAUUCGAACAGCUCCUGUGGAUGUAUGCUGAGCGGAUUGACCUCUCAAACAUUUUCGUGCUUCUGGACGCCAUGCGCGGUGCUGGGGUUCAAGUCACUGAGACCAUUUCGGCGACCAUCAUCCGGGCAUACGUCAAUGCUGGAGACUGGGACGGGGCCGCCCAAUACUGGCAAAGUCUGGCACCUGAAAUGCAAAACUCCUCACCCGUCGCAGGGGCGCUUCUCAGAGCAUUUGUCAUGCUCGCUGCGCCACCAUCAAUCGUGCUCUCCGUCUUCCGAGGUAUUCGCAAUCCGAGCAACUCUCAUUGGUCAUUAUUACUUCUGUCGUAUUGCGAUGCAGGUCAGAUGGCUGCUGCCGCCAAGAUUCUAGAAAGCAUGGACAGACGAGCCAGGACUUCUGCAAAGUCGCCGACACCGGAUCUCUACGCAUUCUCGAUCUUACUAUACGGCUAUCUGCGGAACGGACAAAAUGACCUUGCACAAGCGACAUACAACGAGAUGCGUCGCCGGCGCAAGCUCCCCAGCGUCGCCACGUAUAAUGCCAUCACCCAGUCCUUCAUCGAUAGUGGACGUGCGUCCGAAGAAAGGCUCGAUCGAGUGCACCGAUUCGCCAUGGCAGUUCAUAUGGUCGCCAAAGAGGGCGGGGUCGAGGCGCGCAGACAUGGUGAUGAGAUUCAAGCCAUGUUUGCUAGCAUGAUUACGCUCGCCGGAGACAUUGGACAGAUUGAAAAUGCGCGUGCCUAUUUUGAUGCCUCGCUUCCUGAUACGUCAAAGCCCAAACUUCGCGAUUUGAAGUCUGUCGGACGUCUCAUGGACGUUUAUAGGAAACAGGGGGACUCGGAGAACGUGAUGAAGCUUUGGAAAACGGCCAUGAGCAUGGCAAAGACCCUUCGGGGAGACUCGAUUGAUCUUUCCAAGAGUCUGAUCGGCACCUCCAGCUCAGACACUUCGGUCAAGGGCUUUGUGCCCAGCACCACCCUUGCUGUCUGCCUCUCUAUCACCAUGGAAACAUUGGCAGAUGUCGGCGAGUACGCCGUGCUCAAGGAUGUGUGGAACGAGGCUCGGAUGGAGGGUUUUGGAUUCACCCCUACGAACUUUGAUAUAUACGCUAUUGCCCUCGCGAAGACUGGAGAUGUCGAAGGCGCUUUCUACAUCGUGGACAAGGUCAUGGUUCCGCGGUACAAGAUGAUGCAAGAUCACCGGGCACAAACGAUACAAGCAAUUCGCCAGAUGCAGGAGAGGCCAGCGGGUUCUCUGUCUGGCGAGCCUUUGGUCAAGGCGCCGUCCGGGGCAACGCCUGAACCCCUCACUGCCCAACCGCAAUCCGAACGGUCGGGCCACGACCCGGAUGACAUGGUCGAUCCUGACGAUUCCGAUGGUCUCUCAUACGACCCGUCCAAACCCUUCGCUCAGCGGAUGCACGCGGCCUUAUACACCAGUGAUCUGGUGGCUGAGGGACAAGUGUACGACCCAGAACUCUUUGGUGGACCUGCAGACUUCGCCAAGGAAGGACCUCCCGCCGUCGCAUCGACGCUUCCGACUAGUCCCGAGCAACUUCGGUCCCCAACCAGUCUCUCAGGAUCUCAAUCACGAUCCAAUCUUAUGUCACGACAGAGACUCGAAGGAUCCAAGCUUCCUCUCGACGUUCCCAGUAACGUGCAAGAUCUCACUGCACACCUCCUAAUGCACUUCCGACCUGACGAUGAUAGCUGGCGUCCGACCAGUCGAGUGUGGUCGACUUUGAACGACGCGUAUCGUGAUCUUCAAAGUCAGCGCAAAGACUUGGCGGACCAAGUCUUGGUCACCCUCGAGGACACCCUGAAAUUCGGAGGAGAAUCUACGGUAGCCGCCGGGUCCCGUGGGAAACUCGCGAUAUCUGUUGAGAAAGAAUUGGACGACGUGGAUCCACGACGAGAACCUCGACUUAUGCCUCUCAAACCGUUCAACGAUGCCCCUGUUCGAGACCGCUUCGGUCAACCCAUGAAGAGCACUCCAGUAGUCGUGUUAUGGCGAUUGAAUGCCAUUUACCCAAAAGUCGUCAGGGGGAUCUACAAGUUUAGGGAGUAUGCCGCUGGCAUGGCUGUCCAACACUCUGUGCAAAAGGUCGAUCGACAGGUGGAUCAGCUGUCGAAGCAAACUGAAAAUCACGUCAAAAGCUUGCGCAAA